UGGCUGCAGCUGACCGUGGGUUUCAUUGAUAGCUGGCCCACGCUGCGGAUUAAAGUCGUUUUUUCCCGGUAAAUCUGGUGUCUGCGGCUGCAGCGGAGCGGCCGGAUGGGGGGAAACAGUCCGAGUCACUUCUCCGAGGAGGACGAGGGCGGAGGAGUGACUUUUGUGAAGGGCAUCAGGCUCUCUGAUAAAGUCAUCAACCGGAUGAAGCAGUCGAAGUCUGGAGGAUGCCCUCACUACGCCGCUGAACCCCAGAAACCAGAGGUCACUCCUGCUCCCCCUCCCACUGUAGAGCACCUGCUCCCCCUCCUGACGCCUCCUCAGGAAGCUCCGCCCACACCUCCGUCAGUAGAGCCGCCUCCUGCCGUCAGUUUCCUCCCUCCUCCCCCUGUGAAGUUCCAUUCCCUUCCUCCGCCCUCCGUGGAGCCCGCACAGCCUCCUCCACCUGCAAAGCCAGAAACUCCGCCUCUGACUGAGCCUGCUGUCGUCACCGCUCCACCUCAGCCUCCUCCACCUGUAGAGUCUGAGUCUUUCACUGCUCCUCCUGCUGCCGUGGAGCCUGUCGUUCUACCUCCUGUUCAGUCUUUACCUCCGACUCCCGCAGAGCCUGAAACUUCAGUUAUAACACCAAGAGCAGAGCCAAUCAUUGAACCUGCCCUCCUGCCUCCACCCGCCGAGACGCCACAAACCGCUGCUCCGAUCAUUGAACCUGUCCUCCUGCCUCCACCCGCAGAAGCACCAGCUCCAGUCAGCGAGCCUAUUGUCCUGCCUCCACCCGUAGAGACGCCACAGUUCACUGAGCCAGUCACUGAACCUGUCCUCCGGCCUCCACCUGCAGACGCUCCACAAACCGCAGCUCCGAUCAUCGAACCCACUGUCCUCCCUCCACCCGCAGUGACGCCACAGAUCCCAGAGCCAGUCAUCGAGCCCACUGUCUCUCCUCCACCUGCAGAAACUCCACUGAUCACUGAGCCAGUCGUUGAACCUGUCCUCCUGCCUCCACCUGCAGAAUCGCCACAAACCGCAGCUCCGAUCAUCGAACCCACUGUCCUCCCUCCACCCACAGAGACGCCCCAGAUCGUUGAGCAUGCUGUCCUCGCUCCAACCAUUGAGCCACCUUCUCCACCCGCGGCUCCUCCUGAACCUUCGCCUCCCCCAUGUGAACCUCCGACCCCUCCAGCUGCUGCUGAACCUGCUGCCGUAGCCCCACCUGCUGACCCUCCUGCCCCCUCCCCUCCACCUGUGGAACCGGUCCAGCCUCCUCUCACUGUUGAAUCCUCUCCAGCUGAACCUGCAGCUCCAUCCUGCCCCGCCGCUCCACCUCCAGCUGAAGCGGCGGUGGAGGCUGUUCUCACCGAGCCUGUCGUCCCGUCUGCCGCAGCUGAAGAAGUCCCGGCAGCACCGCCUCCGGCUGCUGAACCUCCUCCACCUGCAGCGGCGCCUCUUCCUGCGCCCGAGCUCAUCGCUGACGAGCCUCCGCCCCCCUGCCAGUGCAUGGAGCUGGCUGUGGUGCCCGCCGGUGCGCCUGUAGAUGUUCCCCUUCCAGAGCCGGUAGCACCACCACCACCACCGCCUCCUCCUCCUCCUCCAGCUCCGCCUGUAGAGGAGCCUGUCGUGACCCCCUCUCUGCCCCCUGUAGUCGAGGAGGAACCGCCUGUCGCCAUCACAGCGCCUCCACCUGUCGCAGCAGCCUCGCCUGCUCCUCCCGAAGUGGUGGAGAAAGAGCUGCGGCAGAAGAUUAAAGAGGAUUUCUACAAGAGUUUGGAGGAAGAGAUCAACCAGCGGCGGCUCGGGCUGCAGCAGCAGCUGGAGGAGAUGAGGCUCCAGGCUCACGCCGAGGCUCAGAUCGCCGCUCAGGCCGAGGUGGAGGAGCAGGUGAAGAAGACUCUGGAGGCGGAGAAGACGGCGCAGAUGGAGAAACUGACGGACGCCAUCAUGAGGCAGCGGAUGCAAACGGAAGACCAGAAGCUCAUGGUGCAGCUUUAUAGGAUGGAGCUGAAGGCUCAUCAGCUGGAGGAGAAGGAGAAGGAGCUGAAGAAACGAGACGCUCUGUACAAGGAACACGUGACGAAACUGGAAGCAAAGUGUGUGGAUUUUUACAAAAAGUCUGCCGAGAGCUUCCAGAAGGGCAAAGAGGAGACUCACAGCCGCUUUGCACGUUUCAACAUCCAGCCUGUGUGUGGAGACUUGCAGAGUCAGAUACUGAAAUGCUACAAGGAGAGCGCCGGAAAGACUCUGUCCUGCUCCGGCAUCGCCUCGGCCUACAUGCAGUGUGUGGACAACGCCAAGAAACAGGAUAAGUUGAGCACCGGGGGCUAAAGAGGAGCGCUCGGGUCAGGCCGGCGUUUGAAGGAAUCACUGCUGCAGCACAGUCAACGAAAAGGACAAAAAUCAACAGACUUGUCACAGAAGUCACAAAGGAGACCACUCCAGCUUUUUCACAGGUUACAGGAAGCGGCGCCAAGUUCUUCUGAGGUCUUUGUUAUAAGAUGUACUUUGAGUGAACUGGGAUUUCUUUCAUUAUGUAUGUGUGCCUUGAAGUAAUCAGAGUGCAGUUGCAUGAACGAGCGAGCGAGCGAGCGAGCAGACGGCUCACCUGUACGGGGAAAUCGCAUCAAUAAACCUUGAUGUGGGAAAUAACAGAAUGCUUUGUUGAAACGUUGCUCCGUGGUUUCUGCCCUGAGCUGAGUUUAAAUAGGAUUUCACAGUUUAGUAAAAGUGUGAUGUUUUGUGAAAUUUACUCAUCCUUCUAGACACAGGUUUGUAUAAAAUGAGGAUAAAAAUGUUUCUACAUGUUGUCAUUCAGCCGGAGCUGCUGCUGCUGUGUUCACAGCGAGAGAUCAGUCUUCAAGAAAAAAACUAAAUCCAUCAUAAAGAGUUGGAGAGUAGCAGAUUUACUCUUCUAUUUAUUAGAAUAAAAGCAAAUGUGAAUGUUUGACUGUCUUCACUUGCACAUAGUGGCCCCUGUUUUUACGAGCCAGACCCAAGAAAAGGAUCCAAAGAGAAAACAGCUCGACAUCUGCUUUCCUAGGUGACGAAACUGAACAACAAGCUCCUAAAAGUUCAGUGAAUGUGGCUGUAUAAUAAUCACUAUUUCAUCACAGUAAACAUGUUACUGUAAAAUGCAGUUCCCCAAAUAUAUUGCAAAAAUGAAAUGUGAGGUAUUCUUUUCAUGAGUUAAUAUAAAACUUAUAGCAGGAAAAGCAAAGGAUAACACUAUAAUUUAAAACUCUUAUGGGGAGAUGUGAAAGUCUUUGUAAGAGGAGAAUCAGAAGGUUUUUGUAAUGCAACAUGUUAUUAGAGGAAAAUGCAAAACCCGUUUUUUUAAAUCAUCCAGGCGUGUCCUUUAGAAGUUACACUUUUUUGUGAGUUUUAUAAUAAUGAAACAUAAGGAGCUGCACUCUGAAUAACUUUUCAGUGACUGUGGUUGCCAGAAAUCAAUGAAAUAAUCCUCAUUAGGAGUAAUCACCUUAACCUCAGCUACUGUAUGCGUAUUAAUGAUUCAAUAUCAGUUAUAGAUUAUUUCCUGUCCAAUCCAUGAACAGAUUUGAUUGAUGUAGUGGUUGUCACUCGUAGCAGAGACGGCCAAAUGGGACGAGGCCCCGGCUGGCAUCUCAGAGGUUUUACUGAGGAACCCGGCGAACAAGUCAGUUUUUUGAAAACAUCAGAAAACAACAACUCUAAACAAAGUAUCAGUGGAAAAAAAAAUGCUCCAAUGAUGCAUUUAAAGGCUAAGUACAAGAUGUUAUGAGGGAAACAGUUGCCAUAGCAGCAUAAUAUUAUGCAGCAAGAAUAAAACUGAAGUGGAUUUUACCUUUCGCUCAAUCACUCGUGUUCAAUGUAAAGCAGUCAUCUGGAUUUUCAACUACUGUUUGAAUUAAAGACACAAAGGUGUGCAGAAGCUGAGAGAGCUUGAAAUGUCACAAUAAUAAAUGCUUCAAAUCAUUUUUCAUAGACUUCAGAGAUGUGUGACUUUUUU